UUUGUUCUCUAUCAUCAUUCACUCCAAUAAUAAUUAUUAUUACUAAUCCCAAACGGCCAAUCUGUGUAUCUAUCUAUACUUUUAUAUCUUUACAUACAUCUAUAUCUAUAUUUUUAUCUAGGAUUUUCAGAUCUAAAUCAUUCAUUCAUAAUUCUAUCAUGUUUUGGCACCUUACUGCUCUCUCUGCUUCUUCACCUGUCGAGUCUAUCUUGGACAAGGAGAAUUUUACAUUGGAAGAGCUAUUGGAUGAGGAAGAUAUUAUUCAAGAAUGCAAAGCUUUGAAUAGCCGCCUCAUCAACUUCUUGCGUGACAGAGUUCAGGUUGAACAAUUACUGCGAUAUAUUACAGAGGAGCCUCAGGAGGAUGCUGAUAGCAAACGUAUAUUCAAGUUUCCUUUCAUUGCCUGUGAGAUCUUUACAUGUGAAAUUGAUGUGAUCUUCAAAACACUAGUUGAAGAAGAGGAGCUAAUGAAUUUACUUUUUUCAUUCUUGGAACCAACCCGUUCUCAUAGUGCAUUGCUGGCUGGGUACUUUAGCAAGGUUGUGAUAUGUCUCAUGCUGCGGAAGACGGUUCCACUUAUGAAUUAUGUUCAAGUCCAUCAAUAUAUUUUUCAACAGCUGGUUGAUUUAAUUGGUGUUACAUCAAUCAUGGAGAUUUUGGUCAGGCUUGUUGGAGCUGAUGAUCACAUGUACCCUGAUUCUGUCGAUGUCAUGCAAUGGUUGACAGAUAGUAACCUGUUGGAGAUGAUCGUGGAUAAAUUAAAUCCAUCUAGUUCUCCUGAAGUACAUGCUAAUGUAGCAGAAACUUUAUGUGCAAUAACUAGAAACGUGUCAUCUUCUCUUGCCUCUAAGUUAUCUACCCCAAGUUUUGUUUCAAGGAUUUUUGGUCACUUGUUGGAUGAUUCACAUUCAAAAUCCGGACUUGUCAGCUCAUUGUCUGUGUGUAUAUCUUUGUUGGAUCCAAAAAGAUCUGUUCCUACACCUCCCUUCUAUUCUUUCCGAGGUCAGCAUAUGUACGAGUCACCCGUGCAAGUCAACCAAGAGACUGUAGGGGCAAUGCUACCCAAACUUGGUGAUUUGUUGAUGUUAUUGAACGUGUCACUAGAUGACAAAAUCUUGCCUACUACAUAUGGCCAGUUGAAGCCACCUCUAGGGAAGCAUCGUCUAAAGAUUGUGGAGUUCAUUGCAGUCUUACUGAAGACUGGGAAUGAAAUUGCAGAGAAGGAAUUAAUUAGCUCUGGAACUAUACAACGAGUUCUUGAUCUUUUCUUCGAGUACCCAUAUAAUAAUGCAUUGCAUCAUCACAUAGAGAGCAUAAUAUACUCCUGCCUUGAAAGCACAAAUGAUACCAUCAUUGAUCAUUUGUUUCAAGGAUGUGGUUUACUGACCAAGAUUCUUCAAACAGAUAAUAAUCCCUUCCUUUCUGGAGAACUUAAUCAGCCUACGUUACCGGCGUCUGGAAGGACUGGACUCCGACUUGGAAACCUUGGACAUAUCACCCGCAUUUCUAAUAAAAUCAUGCACUUGGCAAACGCUGAUAGUCGCAUUCAGACACAUAUACAGGAAAGUAGCGAAUGGAAUGGAUGGCAGGCUACAAUUCUACAGGAGCGGAAUAUAGUUGAAAAUGUGUACCGAUGGGCUUGUGGUCGACCAACUUCACUACAUGAUAGGAAUAGAGAUAGUGAUGAAGAUGACCUUCAUCAUGACAGAGAUUAUGAUGUUGCUGCUCUAGCAAAUAAUCUAAGCCAGGCAUUUAGAUACAAUGUGUAUGAUAAUAAUGAGGAAGACGAAGAGGGACACACAAAUCUUGGUCGAAGUGAUGAGGAAAAUUACUUUGAUGAUGAAUCUGCUGAAGUUGUCAUAUCAUCCCUAAGGCUGGGUGAUGACCAAGGCAGCAGUUUGUUCACAAAUUCAAAUUGGUUUGCUUUCCAAGACGAUAAAAUGGGUGAUGCACCUAUGACCACCGCCUCACCUUUUGAAAUGAUGGAUGAGAUCAACCUGCAAGAAUCUUCUACUGUUGGUACCACCAGUAUUGAUGAUGAUUUGGUGGUUGGCGUAGAUGAAGGAUUUCUUGAUAGCAAAACCUUAAGUCCUAACACCAAUCGAAGCCCAAAUCCAUUCAGUGAAGACUAUGUAGCAAGUAGUGGUGGAGACACGAAAAUGGGUGAUGGUGAAAUAACCAACGCAUCUGAUACUGAUUUUUUCAGAUUUGAGUCAACAGAUAAUGAAGACUUGUUUGCGGAUCGGCCCAUGCCCGAAUGGGUAGAAUGGGGUGAACCCAUUAGUGGGUCAGGAGUAAAUCCUUUCGAAGAUGACAGCAAUACCCCCAAUAUCGACAUUCCCAGUGAGCUUGAAGCACCAGCUGGAGUUGGUCUCCCGGUCAGCCCUGGUUCACCGUCUCUACCCAAUGGCACGUCAAGUGAAGGGUUGGUCGGAUCAUCUGAUUCAAACCAAAAAGAUGGCGCAGUGUCUUCAUUGUUUGAAGAAGAUGUGGAGUUUGUAGGGGUGGAGUCAGACGGGACUGAAAAGGCCAUGGAUAAGGCUCUUAAAGAGGGCAUUGUUGGGGAAGCAGGGGCACUAAAAAGAAAAGUUACACCUAGUGGAGGUGAAAAAGAAAAUAACGAGGAGGCGAAAGAGUUCAAUGACAAUAAUUAUUGGAGAGUUGAUCAAGAGAUUGCGGUUUCAGAAUAAAAUUGAAUACGGGGGGUGGGAUUAUAUUGUAUUAAAGUGAUGUACAGUAAAGCAUAGUUUUGUUAAAAAAUGGACAUAGUUGUGUAGGUUAAUCUCAAAUGCUUGACUACUUGAUUAUUACUUGACUUUGUAUUUAUGUUCAGAGUUUUGUUUCUAAUUAUGUUAUACAGAUUACGGAGGUUUGAUUCCCUCCUUUGUAACU